CGAAGCCCCACCUUCCAGGUAUCUGGCCCCUGAUGUAACUGCCAUCCUGUGCUACAGACUCUUGAAUCCAUGGACACAGCCCCAGCCCCAAUGAGCUCCCUUCAACACUGCUGGUACCAGAUGCCUAAGAUGGGGACCACCUGGGCCCAGCUUCCCUGGCCCGGGCCACCCCACCUAGCCAUGCUUCUGGUCUCCCUCCUCUUGGCAGCCAGGGUGAUGCACUCGGAUGCCGGCACCAGCUGUCCAGUCCUUUGCACGUGCCAUAGCCAGGUGGUGGACUGUAGCAGCCAGCGGCUGUUCUCCGUGCCUCCAGACUUGCCAAUGGACACCCGAAACCUCAGCCUGGCCCACAACCGCAUCGCCACCGUGCCACCCGGCUACCUCACGUGUUACAUGGAGCUCUGGGUGCUGGAUUUGCGUAACAACUCCUUGGUGGAGCUGCCCCCAGGCCUCUUCCUGCACGCCAAGCGCUUGGCACACCUGGAUCUGAGUUACAACAACCUCAGCCACGUGCCGGCUGACAUGUUCCAGGAAGCCCAUGGGCUGGUGCACAUUGACCUGAGCCACAACCCAUGGCUGCGCAGAGUUCACCCACAGGCCUUCCAGGGCCUGGUGCAGCUCCGAGACCUGGACCUCAGCUAUGGAGGCUUGGCUUUUCUCAGCCUGGAGGCCCUUGAGGGCCUGCCAGGGCUGAUGACCCUGCAGAUUGGUGGUAACCCCUGGGUAUGUGGCUGCACCAUGGAACCCCUGCUGAAGUGGCUUCGAAAUAGGAUCCAGCGUUGCACAGCAGAUUCUCAGUUGGCCGAGUGCCGGGGCCCCCCUGAAGUUGAAGGCGCCCCACUCUUCUCCCUCACUGAGGAGAGCUUCAAGGCCUGCCACCUGACACUGACCCUGGACGAUUACCUCUUCAUCGCUUUUGUGGGUUUCGUGGUCUCCAUUGCAUCUGUGGCCACCAACUUUCUUUUGGGCAUCACAGCCAACUGCUGCCACCGCUGGAGCAAAGCCAGUGAAGAAGAAGAGAUUUGA